AGAGCGGUGGUCCGAACCAACUGGAGGAUGCACAUCUCUGCGCCUCUGCAGACAGACUUGAGGCGGUUCAGGACGUAUAAAGGAAACUCAGUCAGAGACCUGCUGCGAGCGAUGAGGAACAAGAAGCACCACUACCACGAGCUGCCGCCGGAGGUGCAGGAGACUCUCGGUGAGCUGCCCGAAGGCUUCGUCGGCUACUUCACCUCACGGUUUCCACGACUGCUGAUGCACACGCACGCUGCUUUGCACGUGUGCUCCCACGAGAGGCUGUUCCAGCCCUACUAUCUGCCCCCUGAUGCCAAGCAGCCUGCACAGGAGCCUGCACUCGGCGCUCCACGGCACACUGACCAGGAAAGGAAGACGCCCUGACAGGACCCCGUUACUGCUUUUGUAAAGCUCAUGCUGCUCCGAGGGAGGAAGUCCCAGAGCUGUGAAAAGCUUUCCAUAGGCCUUGGCUUGUUGUUAUGGAUGAACCUGAUUGUGUUUUAUUUUAUUCUCUUCCACAGGCGGCAGACAUAUGUAUGAAUGUUUUAAACUGUCUGUUCAUGGAAACCUCCCACUUUGCUUCAGGGACAUGAAACUAAAUGAAACAGGGGCUGAGUUGUUGCAGCACAUUU